AUGCGUCUCAUCACAGCAGCUCUCACCGCUCUUCAGGCAGCCUCAGCGCUGGCCGCUGUUGCCGAGCCUGUCGAGCCUCGCGACCUCCUAAGCCCUCUCGAGCCACGUGCCCCAGCAGGCCGCAAAUGCGGUUCCACCGAUCCCCCAGCAGAGCUCGUAGCGCAGGCUGAAUCAUUCCACGCAAACGCACAAAGCCUACAGGCCGCAGCAGCUCACGCACCUAUCGUGAUCAACACUUACUUCCACGUCGUGACGAGCACCACGAAAGUAGGCCGCUACACGCAAACGCAGUUGAACAAUCAGCUCACCUACAUGAACAACGCCUACGGCUCGCACGGCAUAACCUACAAGCUCAUCUCCUCCGACUUCACAACAAACAACCAAUGGGCGACCGGGAACUACGACUCGCAAAUGAAGCCCGCCCUGCGCAAAGGCACCUACAGCAGCCUAAACGUCUACUUCCUCUCCGACCUUGGCGGCGGCCUCCUCGGAAUCUGCAACUUCCCGACCAACGCCCCCGUCGGCUCAUCCGCAUUCAACCAAGACGGCUGCGAUGUCCUCGCCGACUCCAUCCCCGGCGGAUCCGCCACGAACUUCAACCUCGGUGGCACGGCAGCACACGAAGUUGGGCAUUGGCAUGGGCUGUUCCACGUGUUCCAGGGCAGUGCGUGUUCCGGGGCUGGGGACAGUGUAGCGGACACACCUCUCCAGAAAUCGCCAACUUCAGGUUGUCCGGCAUCUUCUGACACCUGCCCGAAUCAGGCCGGGCUAGACAGCAUCCACAACUACAUGGACUACAGCGAUGAUAGGUGCUAUAACCAGUUCACGGCCGGGCAGGAGACGAGGAUGUUCCAGAUGUGGGAUAUGUAUCGGGCUGGCAAAUAG